AUCCGCGAAGAAGCCAAAUCCCUGCGAUUCCGCCUGCAGCGGACGCGUGUCAGUAUAAAAGACGGCAUAAGUGGUCGGUUUGUCAGACUCACCUCUCCGUGCGGCUAUGGAUGUGAAUCACUGCGGUGACCUGACCCCUAACCCCCGCCGCUACGCCCUCAGCGGCAAGGUUAUGCUCGCCUCCACCGUCAUCCUCUUCGCCGCCGUCCUCCUCUUCGUCUUCCUUUACCUCUACCUCCGCUGGCGCUUCCGCAUCAUCCGUCGCGGCCAUCGCCGCCUCGUCUUCGGCAUCGACGGCGUGGGCGGCACCCUCGCCUCCGCAUCUGCCACCUGUCGCGGCCUCCACCCUAGCGUCCUCGAGUCCCUCCCCGUUCUCGUCUUCGCCGCCGCCGCACCGGGGUGCGACGAGGAUGUGGUGGAGUGCGCGGUGUGCCUCAACGAGUUGGAGGAAGGGGAGAAGAUGCGAGCCCUUCCGCGGUGCGGCCACUGCUUUCACAUGGAGUGCGUAGACAUGUGGUUCCACUCCCACUCCACCUGUCCCCUUUGCCGCACCGCCGUGGAGGCUGCCCCGCCACCGCCGCCUAUUCAGGUGGUUCUGCCGAUACCAGCGCCAACGGAUGAUUCGGGCGCGUUAUUCCUUGAGGACGAUGCGUCGGAGUCAAGCUCUGUUUCUAGCGACUUAAUGAUCGAGGUGGCUGAUGAGGGUAAUGAUGGCGAUAAGACUCGGGUUGACGUCAGUUGCCUCAGAUGACGCCUCACGUCUCUGUUAACCUGACAGCACCUGGUCAACACGGACCGGAACGCCAACCAAGACACAUUAACAUCCUGCUCAGGCUCGAUAUUUCACGCCACGUCAUCGUCGAUGUCAGAUGUUACAAGGAGUACAAUCCUGCUCCUUGCGAGCGGGCACAUCAGGCA